AUGACAACUCUUCCAACUUUACCUCCCAUCAGUACGCUUUCCUACAAUCAUACUUUGCCACCAAUAAUAUCUUCAACGGGUAACUCUUAUCAUAAUAAUAAUAUUAAAGGUCAUUCAAACGUUGAAAGAAGUGAGCAACAACCACCACCACAAACGCAACCUCGUUAUUCUUCCUCCAGCUCACUUUCCAUGAACAUACCGCAAUCAACACCGACGACGCCAUACUCGGCAUCUUCCAAUUCCUCAUUUUCUUCAACUUCUUCAUUUUCUUAUUCACCACUACCUCAACAGCCACCUCCAACACAACCUCCAGCACAACUAUCUCAAUCACAACCUUCAUAUUAUCAAAGAUCACCACCAGCUUCAUUCUAUUCUCAGCCUACUUAUUCUUAUUCACAAUAUUCGCAAUCACAUUCCCCGGCACAACCUUCGUGUCGUAGGUCACAACAACAAAUUCAACAUUAUCCAUCAUCACAACAAUAUAAUUUACAAUCACCACAACAUCAUCCACAUUCACAAAUAUCAAAUUCACAGCAAUCACCCACCCCAAUACGCCCAUUCCAAAGGAAUCACAAUUCACAAAAUGUCAUAUCCGAACCUUUCGUAACUGUCAAACCCGAGUUAAAUAAUAGGCCUCCUAGGCGAAGACGUCGUCCCCCAUUUUCUUAUUCAUCACUCAUAGCUCAGGCCAUUUUAGAUUCACCUGACAGGAGAUUGACAUUAAGAGAAGUUUAUCAAUGGAUAAUGGAGAGAUAUCCGCAAUUGUACAAAGCGGAUGAUACCGGUUGGCAGAAUACAAUUCGUCAUAAUCUAUCAUUAAAUAAGUGUUUCAAAAAGGUACCUCGUUCUGAUACCGAAUUGGGUCACUCAACGUCAUCAUCGACGGCUAGCAAGGGUAAAGGUGGUUAUUGGACAAUAGAUCCCGAGUAUAUGUCUUCGUAUCAUGAUGGCGUGUUCGCGAGAGGUGGUGUGCAAAAACGUAGACCGGGUGAAGUGGGUUUACAUCAAUUAGGUGGAUCGGGUCUUGGUGAUGAUGAUAGUGGUGGUAGCGAUACCCCAUCGGACAAUAUGGCAGGUAGAUUGGUUGAUAUUGAUGAUGAUGUCGGAAAUAAUGGCAUGCCCUUAACUUUAACCGUACCUCCUCCGGUGGUUGUUUCAUCUUCCGCGUCAUUAAUGACUCCUCCUCCGACUUCAAAUUUAUUACCAAAUAAAUCAAAAUUCUUUACCCAGAAAAAAACCGAACAAAAUCUUGUACAUUUGGUUUCACCUUCUUCACCGUCUUAUUCGAGCGUGAAUGCAAGCGGAUCAACUUCUGGAAGUUAUGAUGUGUUCCGUUUGGCUGAAUUAAAUGAUAAACCUAAUGCUGAGGGUCUCCUAGAUGGAGUGAAUAUCCCUCUUUCUGACCGGCAAUAUCGCGUGAUAAACAGAAAUCUCUCUCCUUAUCCGGUGGUGGGAUCAAGAGGUGGGCCAUGUUCCGAGUGGAAUAUGGGUGAACCAUCAAUUAAGAGAGAAAUCGAUGAUUCGCGUCAUUCAUAUUAUUAUGGCAAUCAUUCAAGGGGCGUAACGGAUCUUCAACAAUUUGUCGGUGUCGGUGAUUCGAAUUCGUCUCUUUCAUCCGUGGCUGGAACUUCGUCGAUGAAGAUCCGCGAUUUAUUAAAUUAG